UGCGUUCAUCCGGCGUGCAGGGGCACAUUGACAGUCUCCCGGAGUCCCGCGGUGUCAUUGUUGUUGAGUGUACCGUACCCGUGAGGCGGUGUCCCCGUAUGAGCUGGCCCCACACGAGCACCACAGAACGGAGGUGAUGCCGAUCAGUCCAGUCCAGGACCGGCACCGGGGCCUCCUCCCUAAGAAAUGUCGGUAUUGCGAAAGGAGGUUUUCGAAGGCAGAGCAUCUGAAACGCCAUCAGCGCUCCCAUACGGGCGAACGACCGUACACAUGUCCGCGUUGUAACAAAAGCUUCUCUCGGAGUGACGUGUUGAUACGCCAUCUGAAGAACCACCCCCAGAUCCCCGGCGAAGAGAUCGAAAAAAGCUCUUCAGAAGGGGACUUCAUCGAGGUGAGCGGUGUAGCCGCGACUGCUCCCAACGGCCAGGUCGUUCCACCAGGAUUAAAUGAACCGUCAGCCCAAGAUGUGCAACGGCAAAGUCAGCAGGAGCCACUCAACUCGCCGUCAGUCAUUGAUCCCGCUCUGGAGGACUCCAUCCCGGACCAUGUGGAGAAUUCCUCGUCCCAUACACUGCCCUCCGGACUAGACCACCUUGCUUUGCUGGCUUCGCAACGGAAAUGGGGUAACCGUGCCAUGGAUGCAACCAUGCCUGAUGCUGGAGGGAGCACGUUGCCAGAAAUGGGAGCUGCCCAGGAUUGGAACUUGGACAUCUCAGGCCGCAAUCAUCAUCCAGAUGUGACUUACGAGCCACCACCGGUACCAUCUGAGCCCAAUUUCCAGACCAUUGGAGCAUCUCCGAAUACGGCAUCGAGAUAUAACUUUGGCACUGACUUGUACUCUGGCCGGAUCAAUGGAAUUAUCUCACCUGGUAUGGGUGGAAUUGGUCCAGAUGGAUCAAUCAUGCCUCAGGAUUUACAGACCUGGUUCGAUCAGUUCGAUCUGGAGUCUCAUUUGCAGCCAGGGGCAAUGCAGACAUUUGGGGGAUCGACUGAUGGAAUGCCGAGGGAAGACAGACGGCCAUCUAUGUUAACUCCCGAAGAGCAACAAUCUAUCCGAAAUCCCAGCUCUCCCAGUGUAUUGAUACCCACCGAACGGUUUGCUAAGGUCGAGCGAUGUUGGCCAAAUCGAUACAGCAAUCCGCUGCGUUUGAUGCCAACACUAUGGUGGGAUGCAGCUCUAAAACCCGAAGACAACCUCUUUUCAAAUGGAAAUCUCUCGCCAGAGGCAAUGGAACAGAACCGGCAAUGUGGGUCGAGAUGGGGCCUGGAUGAGGAUUGUAGAGAACGACUCCAGAGAAUGUUCGUCACUGUCAAUUCCAUGGGCAUCGAUCGUGGAACAGCAGCAUUCACUUCACCAGAGAACUUUUCAACUCCAUCUGAAGGACGAUCAGCUGAUCGAGCGGAAUCCGUUAACAACGACAUUGUCCCAACGAGCUUUCCACCAGCUGAGAUCUUUGAUAUCGGGUUAGAUUUGUAUUUCCGGCAGUUCCAUCCCUUGAUGCCAUUUAUUCAUACACCUACGUUUUGUCCGAAGACAGCCCCGACUUCUGUUUUAUUUAUCAUGUGCCUGAUUGGCUUAACAAUUCUUCAAACCAAAGGAGCAACUGCGUUUGUCCGGCAAACAUUUUCGAAAGCAUUAGAGCAAGUAUGUAACGAGCUGAUGUCGCCCCCUCAGCCUCGAGGAGAUGGAACCCGUUUAGAGCAACUUUGCAGCUUAGCAAGCGCUGUUUUAAUUCUCAAUCUUUCAGAAAUGACUGGGGAAAAGAGCCACCCCACACAAUGUCAGAUGAUUUACACCAACGUUAUCACGACUGCCCAGAGUAACGGUCUCUUCUGCGCCCAUGACGGCCAGCCUCUGAAUGAUGAGCUUUUUAACCAAAUUCCCGAUUUAGAGACUAGAUGGAAAGCAUGGAGUAGAAUAGAAUGUGCGAAACGCUUGAUCGUCUGCUUGACGAUGGUCGAUACCUGGUAUUCUGCAGUUCUUCAUACGAGUCCAAUCAUGCGGACAGACGACAUCCAAAUCAUCCUCCCCUGUGACGCCGCCCUCUUCCAAGCACCAACAGCCAUGAAAUGGGCGCAACUCAUCUCCAAAGGCCACCAAUGCUGCAUGCCCAGUGUCGGCCUCUUCUCCGACCGCAUGAGCCUCCCCGAACUCAACCUGACCAUCGAUCCCUUGGGAAUGAACGGCAUCCUCAGCAUGGCUCGCAUGCGUAUCUCCGAAGACUUCCACCGCCUGCUCUCCGGGACCAACGUCCGCGCAUCCCAACAAUCCUUCGUGCCCUGCAAGACUUACGAGGCCGACCCUCGCGCAAAACAGACGUCCUACCUCGCCGUACAGAUCAUCAAAGUCUACGGCGGCAUCCUGGCAAACAUGAACCCUAACUGCUUUAUCCUGUGGCACAACAUGUGCAUCAUGCUCACGGCCGACAUUCGGCUUUUCGAAAUUGGAGCUGGGUGUGCGGGCGCUGCAACAGCAAGACAAGCACUAGAUGAUAUUGCCAUCUGGACGCAGACACCGUCUGCAAGACGUGCUUGUUUACACGCAGCACAAACAUUCAAACUGAUGUCCAACCGCCGCGCCUCAGACGGCGACCCCUUCCACGCCUCAGCCGGGCUCUUCAUCUCGGCUCUACUCCUAGGCCUAUACGUCUUCAUGAUCCCCCCAAAUCCAGAACCCCAAUCGCACCACUCAACCCACCCCAUCUCUCCAGGCUUCGACCUGAUCGACGACGUAGACUGGGACAUCGUCGGUUCCGAAGGACUCUCCGACGAAACAGUCAAUUUGCCGGCCGAUAAUGCGGCGGUCAACUUUAUCCGGAAUGGAGGAGGCAUUUGCUUUGAUGGCGUGGUGCAUAGUCCGGGGUAUGAGGCGGCGAGGAGGAUCCUGCUGGAUUAUGCGCGGCUGCUUGAGGAUAUUGGGAGGUGGCGGGUGAGGAUUAAUCAGCUUUCGAGAGUGUUGAGGAUUAUGAGUGAUGCGCUUGUGGAUGUGGAAAUGAGCGGGCAGUGAUUCUCGGUCCGCUCACAUCAUGCAGGGACGUCAGCACCUUUCAGAUGAGAGAAGAGGAGGACUGUCUUUUCUUCUCUGAAAGUUGGAGUUUGGUUUGGUGGG